AUGGACAAGGGGCGGCAGCAGCAGCAGCAGCCUCGCGGGCGGUCCGCCGGCGCCAUGGAAAAGGCCCGUGGCGACGACAAGGCCGGCGGCAACGACGACGAGGCCGCGCUCGAGCGCCUGGGCCACAAGCAAGAGCUCAAGCGCAACUUCUCCACGGUGUCGAUGCUCGGGCUCGCCUUUGCCAUUGUCAACACCUGGCCGGCCCUCGCCGCCGCCCUCAACGUCGCCCUGCCGUCGGGCGGCACCAGCUCCGUCAUCUGGGGGCUCGUCACGGCCGGCCUGUGCAACCUCUGCCUGGCCGCGUCGCUGGCCGAGUUCCUGUCCGCCUUCCCCACGGCCGGCGGCCAGUAUCACUGGGCCGCCAUCGUCGCCUGGGAGCGCUCGAGCCGCGCCGUCAGCUAUGUCACCGGCUGGAUCAACGUCGCCGGCUGGGUCGCCGUGAGCGCCUCGGGCGGAUUGCUCGGCACCACCUUUGUCGUCAACGUCGUCUCGCUUCUGCGGCCGGGCUACGAGGCCCAGCCCUGGCACCAGUUUCUCAUCUACGUCGCCCUUACCCUCCUCGCCCUGUCCAUCAACGCCUUCUUCACCCGGCUCUUGCCAUACUUUACCAAGGCGGCCUUUUACUGGUCCAUCGGCGGCUUCGUCGUCAUCAGCAUCACGGUCCUGGCAUGCGCGUCGCCCGACUACCAGAGUGGCGGCUUCGUCUACGGCCACUUUAUCAACGAGGUUGGUUGGCCCGACGGCCAGGCCUGGCUCUUGGGGUUGCUCCAGGGGGCUUGGGCCUUGACAGGCUUCGACGCGACGGCGCACAUGAUUGAGGAAAUACCCGAGCCUCAUGUCCAAGGCCCCCGCAUCAUGCUCUACUGCAUCUUCAUCGGCGUCUUCACCGGCUUCGUCUUCCUCAGCGCCCUGCUCUUCUGCGUCAAGGACAUCGAGCGGGUCAUCAACGCACCGUACGGCCCGCUGCUGCAGAUCUUCAUGGACGCGACCAAGAGCCCGGCGGGCAGCACGUGUCUGCUUAUGAUACCCACUAUAGGCAUCGUCUUUACCUUGACGACGCUCAUGUGCGCGAGCAGCCGCAUGAGCUAUGCCUUUGCGCGCGACCGGGGCAUGCCCUUCAGCAGCGUGUUUGCACGUGUGCAUCCCGGGCUCGACGUACCGCUCAAUGCGUUGCUUUGGACGGCGGCAUGGGUCAUUGUGUUUGGUUGCAUUUUUCUGGGGUCGACGAGCACCUUCAACGCCAUCACGGCAGCAUCGGUCGUGGCGCUCGGCAUCACGUAUGCCAUCCCUCCGGCCAUCAACGUCCUGCGGGGCCGCAAGAUGUUACCCGAGAACCGGUCUUUCAAGCUGCCAGAGGCGCUCGGCUGGACUGUGAACCUGGUGGGCAUUCUUUGGACGAUCCUGACGACGGUGCUGUUCGUGUUCCCGCCCAAGGUGCCGGUGACAGCGAGCAACAUGAACUAUUGCAUCGUCGCGUUUGGAAUCAUCCUGCUGAUUGCCGUACUGACCUGGAUUCUGGACGGGAGGAAGCACUACAAGGGGCCCAAGUUGGACGUGCAGGGGCUGGUGGAGGGGAAAGUCGAGGGUAUCGAGGGAGAUGCCGCGCAACCGGCGGCAUUGCCGUCGAAUAAGGCGAGCAGUGACGUGCCGAUGGCGGAGGGCAACCAGUAG